GAACAUUUGUAAGGUUUUACAUUUUAAGCAAAAUAAAAAAAAGAAAAAAGUAAAUCAAGCAUCAAAGUGAAGUAAUAACAACAGAAAUAGGAUCAAAAUGAUGGACAGGCAGUUGUCCUUCCAUGGAGAUGAAUCAGGAGUAAUUGCAACCAACGACGAUGCGUCUGAAUCGAAAAGAUCUUGUGUGAAAUUGAAUUAUUAUCGAGACGACUACAUAGCAAACUUUGUGAAGAUUAGCGAGAAAAAAGCACCUGAAAUUAAUCGAGGAUAUUAUGCCCGAGUCAAAGGCAUUGAGAUUUGUGUUGAGAAAUUUCUCAAGAAAACUGGUGAAAAAUGUCAAAUAAUUAACCUCGGUUGUGGAUUUGAUACACUUUAUUGGAGAUUACGUGAUGCAGGUCAUUUGGUUCAAAAUUUCAUCGAGCUCGAUUUCCCUACCGUCACAGCAAAAAAAUGCUAUCAAAUCAAACGAAACAAAGUAUUGCUGGAUAAGAUUCAUGCUGAAGACGGUGAAAUUCGAUUCAGUCCAACGGAUCUUCAUGCUACAAAUUAUCACAUCGUUGGAGUCGAUCUCCGGUCAAUUGAUGAAGUUUCCAACAAAUUGAAACAGUCUGACGUCGAUUUUCAUUUACCAACCAUUUUCCUGGCUGAGUGCGUGCUCGUUUACAUCGAAACUGCCAACUGUAAUAAUUUGCUUAAAUGGCUUUCAUCAAACUUUAGUUCAGCAGCGUUUGUAAAUUACGAACAAGUCAAUAUGAAUGAUCGCUUUGGUGAGGUAAUGUUAAGUAAUUUGCGAGCUCGCUGUUGUAACUUGGCUGGUGUUGAAGCGUGUUUGUCGUUAGAAACACAAAUUUCUAGAUUUGUUCAAUGUGGCUGGAAUGGUGCACGUUCAUGGGAUAUGUGUCAGAUUUAUGAUAGCUUGCCAAUACAAGAACGACAGCGAAUAGAAAAGAUAGAAAUGUUAGAUGAGGGUGAAUUGCUUGUACAACUCUUUCAGCAUUACUGCAUUACAGUAGCAUGGGUUGGAGAACUUUUCCAAGACAUUGAAAUCACCGUUGAAAAACGACUUUCAACAUUAAUGAUUGAUUAAAUAUAUACAAACUUAUGUAUAAUUGUUCAAAACAUCUUCUUUCUUACCAUUUUAUCAGCUUUUAAUUGGCCCUUGGAUAAUGUCAUUCAGUCGUUAAUUAUUUAUAAAAAUUAAAAUAUUCCCCUCUUUCUUCACAUGUGCUUAAAAAUUUUCAUCCCCGUGAAGAUUGAUUUCUUUUCGACAAUCAAAACAAACAAAAAAAGUAUAAAAAUGCUGGAUUUACAUGUUUUAAUCGUUACAUGUUAUCAAUACAAAAAAAAAUUUGAGAGAAGUUUUGCGUGCACAAAGUUUCGAUUUCAAUUUCAUCCAUUAAGUAAAAGAUUUUCUUACGUUGUUUAUUUAAUUUUAAUAGACGUGAAACUGUGCCGUAGUUAGGAGUAAAGAAAUGAGGAAAAUAUUUAAUUUUUUUUAUUGUUUAGCACAUAAGUGCAGUUUGAAGAAUGACUGGAUGUUGAAAAGUAAUUAAAACUUAAUGAAAAUGAAGAUUAGAAUAUCUUCACAAGCAUUAUUCUUCAUGCAUUACAUUGAUUAAUAUCAGCUUCAUCAACUUUAUUUCGUUUGUUUUAUCAUUAAUCAACUUCAGAUGCAAAAUCUGAGAAACAAAUAGAAAACUUUCUCGUUGAAACAGAAGAAAGAACGCGUAUAUUUUUGCUAGUCAGCCGUAUUUAAGAUAAUUAUUGGGUCAAAUGAAUUAAAUUUCCCAAAUUAAACACAGAAACAGAUUUUCUUUCUCUUUUUUUGUUCAAUAAAAUAAACAAAGAAAAACGUUGCGAUUAUUUAUGAGUCAAGGUCGAAAAAAAACGAAUUCGAGUUGAGUAUCGAAGAUCAGGGAGAAAACAGAGGAAUAUGUUAAAGAAUACAACAAACUCUUUAUCAAGCAGCUGAUGAGAAUAACAAGCAGUGAAAUUUUUUUCACAAUUAGCUUGAGUAAGUUUCUUGAAUGAGAGUAUAUGAAAUAUGAUCGUGAUUAUUCUGUAAUAAUUGUAAUUUUCCUGUUUCAACAAAUAAAAAAUUGAGAAAUUAAAGCAAAA